GCCACAAUUUCAAAGCCAUGAUCCCUGCAGGGUCUAUAAAGAGGUCCAGUAACGCUAGCUACCUAGUCCGGUCCGAACUAAACAGUCACAAUGGGAAAGAUAAUCUUCUACGAGGACAAGAACUUCCAGGGCCGGCACUAUGAGUGCAGCAGCGACUGUGCUGAGAUGCACAACCACUUCAGCCGCUGUAACUCCAUAAAGGUGGACAGUGGCUGUUGGGUGGCCUACGAGAAGCCCAACUACACUGGCUACCAAUACAUGCUGAACAAGGGCGAGUACCCUGACCACCAGCGAUGGGCUGGCUUCAACGACUGCAUCCGCUCCUGCCGUAUGGUGCCCCCUUAUCAUGGAAACUAUAGGAUGAAGAUCUACGAGCGCUCUGACUUCGGUGGUCAGAACAUGGAGGUGAUGGAGGACUGCCCCGACCUUCACGAGCGCUUCCACAGCCGAGACAUCUCCUCCGCCAACGUCAUAGAGGGUUACUGGAUCCUCCACGAGCACCCCCACUACAGGGGUCGUCAGUACUUCCUUCGUCCUGGCGAGUACAGGAGGCACAGCGAGUGGGGAAGCUCCAGCCCCACCAUCGGCUCCCUGAGACGGGUCACCGAGAUCCCCUGAAGGUCAACUGAGACCCCCUCAUCCUCUCCUAAUGCAAUGCUAUUAUAAAUCCUGUACUGUACCCCUACCCUUUAUUGCUAGCAUUGUUUGACUGUUGUGUAUCUACUGUGGUGUAUCUACUGUGGUCUUCUGACCCUGAAAUCACAUUAGCGUGAUUGGGGUUUUUGGACCAGUUGGUGUUGGGUCUUUGCUGCUUUGCUUAGACUGGGAAAGUAGACCUCGGGGCUCAGGCGAUGCUCGUAUGGUAACAGUGAUGGACUCUCUGGCUUUUGUUGUUACAGAGCAGAAUGAUGUGCUUUGCCAGUCCUCAACCUCCUGUCCUAUUAUAAGCAAAAUAAAUGAAAAUUUGAUCAAAGUCAACCAAAGGGCCUUUUUUUGUUAUUAACCUCUACGACAUCGGUGUCCCUAAACCGGGGCAGUUGUUGCUCAAUAUGCAAUAAUGUGACUAUAAAACAUUGUAAACAACAGCAUCUUUCCGGGACAUAGACAUGUCUUAUAUGGGCAGAAAGCUUAAAUUCUUGUUCAUCUAACUGCAGUGUCCAAUUUACAGUGGCUAUUAUAGCCAAAAAAAGAUCAUGCUAUUGUUUGAGGAUAGUGCACAACAACAAAACACUUUUAUAAUACAAAUGGUUUGAUAGAUUCACCCCUGAAGGUCCCAGAGAUAAAAUGUAGUGUAGUUUUGUUUGAAUUUUUUUAUUUUUUAUAUUGAAAUGUAGGAACUGGGUUCAACGGUUUGACCCCACCGCUGUCUCUGGCACCAUACUCAUUUUGGCACAUUUGGGCAAACUCCUGGCAGAUAUUGUGUAGCGAUGUAAUAAUUCACUGAAACUUUGCACACACUGAUCUCAUAUUGUGGACAACAUCUAUUUUACACCUAAGAUCCUAUCUCAGUGUAUGGCCUUUCUCUUGCAUUUCAAAGAUGACGGAACAAAUAUAUAGAAAACGCAUGUUUUUUGUUUGUAUUAUCUUUUACCAGAUCUAAUGUGUUAUAUUCUCCGACAUUAAAUUCACAUUUCC